AUGGAGACCAAUGGCAGCAACAAACCGGCCGAUGGGAGCAAGCUUGAAGAAAAUGCGGCCUUCAUGGACAAGUACAGCCGGCAGAUCGGCGCCUUUGGGCUGGAAGCCAUGUCCAAGCUCAUGAACCUCAAGGUUCUCAUCGUGGGUCUCAAGGGGCUUGGCGUGGAGACAGCCAAGAACUUGAUUCUAGCGGGGCCUGGCUUGGUAAGCCUUUGCGACGACGAGCCCGUGGCCAUGCCAGACCUCGGGGCAAACUUUUUCCUGACGGAAGCGGACGUAGGAAAGCCCAGAGCGAGCUGCGUCGCCAGCAAGCUGCAGGAGCUGAACUCGAUGGUGACCGUGAAGGUGGUGUCGGGAGGCCUAACCGAGGAGACCGUCGGCUCUCACGGGGUGGUGGUGAUGUGCGGCCGUUCGGGGGAAGAGGCGGCCAAGUGGGACGCCUUCUGCCACGAGAAGGGCUCGAUCUUCAUCUCGGCGGGUACGAUGGGUGCCUUCGGUUUCGUGUUCAGCGACUUCGGGAAGGCGUUCUCCGUGCGGGAUGUCAACGGAGAGGCCCCCUCCAGCCGCAUUAUCACCGAUGUCUCUUUGGAAGAGGAGGGAGUCAUCACGUUGCUGGGGGCUCUCGAUGAGGACGGCGGUCGGAUGCACGGCAUGCAGGAGAACGAGCACGACGGUUGGAUCGAGCUGUCUGAUGUGGAGGGGAUGGUUGCGAAGGACGGCAGCGGCAAGACAAUCAACGAUACGGGCAAGAUCAAGAUAAAGACCUGCACCAAGAAGGUGACGGUUACGGAGGAGAAAGACGGCAAGAAGGAGACCAAGGAGAAGACCGUCUUCGACCCACACCGCCUCAAGAUGUGCCUGGACACCACCAACUUCUCCGCCUACGAGAACGGAGGGAUGAUGAACCAGGUGAAGGUCCCCGUGACCAAGACCUACCUCCCGCUCCAGAAGCGCUUGGUCCAGCCGGUGCCUGAGGGGGAGUUCGGCCUUCUGUUCACGGACGGCUCCAAGUUCGGGAGGGCGGAGCAACUCCACCUGGCUCUGCUGGGACUGUGGGCGUUCGAGAAGAAGGAGAAACGCCUACCGCAGGCUGGGAACCCUGAGGAAGCGGAGGUUGUUGUCAAGCUCGCCGAAGAGGUGAAUGCGGAGCACAAGAAGCUUAACGAGGCCACCGAAGGAUCCGCUCUUUUCCUGGAGGAACUUGACAAGGACUCUAUCCGGAAGGUGGCGCUGUACGCCUCUGCGGAGGUACAGCCCUUGGCGGCCUACUUCGGUGGGGUGGUCGCUCAGGAAGUGGUCAAGGUCACGGGCAAGUACACACCGCUCGACCAGUGGCUGCACCUCGACUUCUUGGAGAUGCUGCCCGAUGAGGUCGCCGCGGACGGAGCGCCUACUGGGAGCCGGUACGACCACGUGAUCCGCCUGUUCGGUCGGAAGUUCGUGGAGGACAAGAUCAUGAACGCUAGGACCUUCAUGGUAGGGUGCGGUGCUCUCGGGUGCGAGUUUUUGAAAAACUUCGCUCUGGUAGGGCUGGCUUGCGGCGAGAAGGGGAUGAUCACCGUCACGGACAACGACAGGAUUGAGGUGUCCAACCUGAACCGCCAGUUCCUGUUCCGAGAACACAACGUGGGUCAGGCAAAGAGCGCCGCAGCUGCGAUAGCCGCCAAGGCCAUGAACUCGACCAUCAAGCUGGACGCGCGAGAGGACUUUGUGUCUCCAGGAACUGAGAACCUGUUCCAAGACAAGUUUUGGGAAGGCCUCGACUUCGUCACCAACGCCCUGGACAACGUUAAGGCCCGCCUUUACGUCGACUCGAGGUGCGUGUUCUACGGCAAGCCUCUGCUGGAGUCGGGAACCCUCGGCACCAAGUGCAAUGUCCAGGUAGUGGUACCUCACGUUACGGCAAGCUACGCGGACGGUCCGAAGGACCAGGCUGACGACGCUAUCCCCAUGUGCACGCUCAGAAACUUCCCCUCCCUCAUCGAGCACUGCAUCGAGUGGGCAAGGGCUCAGUUCGAGGAUCUGUUCGUCGGACCCUUCGCCGAGGCCAAGAAGUUUUGCGAAGACAAGGAGGCUUACCUGAAGCAGGUCCGGGAGGCUACGUUGGAUUGCGAUAACAGGGGCAAGGCCGCCUCGGCCACCGCCAAGGCUCUCGAGGACCUCGCCAAGCUUAGGACCACCCUGGCCUUCGCGGACGGAGCGACGUUCGAGUCGUGCAUCCAAGAGGCGUGCGGGCGUUUCUACGCCUUGUUCAGGGACAAGGUGUUGCAGCUCACGCACAAUUUCCCCGAGGACCACGUCCUCGAGUCCGGGGAGAAGUUUUGGACCGGAGCAAAGCGAUUCCCGCGGUCGGUGGACCUGGAGAUGGACUCCGAGCAGCACGCGGCCUUCGUUCUCGCCACCGCCAACCUGCUGGCGGCCGGUUGCGGCCUGUCCCCCCAGGAGGAAGGCCUGCUUCCGUUGGAACACCCACAGCGCAACACGGAAGCCGUGCGGAGGGUGGCGUCGGCGAUGGACGUGCCCAUGUGGGAGAACACCGGAGAGAAGACAGACCUCAGCGAGGGGAACGAACCCAAGCCGGGAGACGAGAAGACUGAAGAGCCGGAAGACCCCAUGGACCUGGAGGGAGCUUCGACGGAGCUUUCGAAGCUGCUAGUUGAGCUGUCGGCGGUGAACGUGAGCAAGUUCCGUUUCGAACCGGCCGACUUCGAGAAGGACCAGGACCUCAACUUCCACAUCGACUUCAUCUCCGCCACCAGCAACAUGAGAGCGUGGAACUACCGGAUUAAGGAGGCUUCCCGCCACAAGAUCAAGAUGAUAGCGGGCAAGAUCAUCCCCGCCAUCGCCACCACCACCGCAUCCGUGUGCGGUCUGGUCAUGAUCGAGCUCUUCAAGGUGCUGCAGGGCAAGAAGCUGGACUGCUACAAGGACUCGUCCAACAACCUCGGCCUCAACAGCUACUUCUUCUCAGAGCCAGGUCUGACGGUCACGUUGCUUUUCCACUCGGUCAGCGAGAUCGACGGGCCACAAAAGGGACGCAUGUUGUACGAUUCCCAGCCGUGGAACGCCAAGCUGAAAGAGCUCUACGCCGGUGCCAUGGACCAACCCCUUGUGGAGUGGGUCCAAGAGAGAUUCAAAGACUCGCCGGCAGGACCAGUCAUCCCCGAAGGGCGGUGCUACGUGGAGUUGCAAGUGUCGUGCGUCAACGACGACGACGAGGCUUACAAAGUGCCCUCGGUCGUCUACCGUUGGAAGCACUAGCACUAGCACUAGCCUUGCCCGAACUUGGCCCGAAAGAAGGAAGGCCGUGUAGACUAUGGGUGAGGGCGAGAAUCCAGCCGUCUCCGCAGUUCGUCCCUGGCAGCGCGAACGCCUUUGAUGGUGAUGUGUUUCGCCCCAAAUGCUGCGCUAUAGGAAUGAAUGGAAAGGACGUGGGCGAGGUGGCAAAAAACAGUUGCCAUACGUGCUUGCUUUGAGUUUGGGGCCUUGGCCUGUACAAAAAAAUCUGCUCACACGCUGUUCGGUGAGGUCGUGUCCUGGGUAGCAAGCUGUGUUGGGGCGAGAGGAAUUGUGGCAACCUUUGGGAGCAGCAAAGAAUUGAGGGAGUGUCCGCUAGGCGUGUCAGCUUCGCCCUUCCUUGUGGUCGUCGCGGUUGUUUUGCUAUGUUGUUGUUGAAGUAGUUGUGUGAUGGUGAUGAACGUAUCGUGUUUUGUGGGAACCCUGUGGGGGAAGGAAGGCAGAGAGAGGAAAGGGCGCUUUCACUGCCGAUGAUGUAUUUGACGUCUUUUGUGGGAUUCGUUCUCGUAGAGGGGUCUCGGUGUGACAGCUUUCCGCCGCAGCAAGAAGGACGAGGGACGAACGAAUUCACGCUACCAGUACGGUGUGAGGCGGACGGUCUUGUACAACGUACAAUAUCAUCUUGUUGCACAACACGGCAAGAGGUGGCGAGGCAGCGUUGGUUGGGUGUUCGAUGAAGGAAAGGCCGUUUCUUACCAGUCCGCCUGAGGUUAAAAAAGAAACCGCUUGUUCGUGCUACUGCUGUAUUGUCGGCAGUCACGUCACGCCCACGUCGUGCGAUCCUUUUUGCGAGAUCAACAUGGGGUGGGCUUGGGAUCUUUUGUUGACUAUCGUAUGAUAGAGACCCGGUGUCCUCCGGGGAUUAGGUCUUUCAUGGGAGACCAUGAUGUCAAGCACAGAAAAAAACGACAUUUUGCGGUAAAGACCGAUUGGCGUACCAGAAGAUGAGUUUAUACUGUAAGUGCGUGUCUCGUUUGGUUGCCUAAGGUCAAGACAUUGCCUAACUCUGGCGCACGCAUGCCGCCAUGGUUGGCAAAUGGCCGAUCAUGAGUUGGCUCGCACAAAACGAACCACA